UGGGCUGGUUAUCAAAAGAACGACAACAAAAAGUCCACAAAAAAAGAAGAUCCGCGGAUGACGAACCGGAUUACGCGGGGUUCCAUUGUAUUCAUUUAACUUUUUUUUUCAUGUCCUCUUAAAAAGCCAUUCGAGGGACCAUCCAUCCGAUUUGAGCUGCAUGGAUGCCGGGCUGGAACUUCUCAGACGAGCCCUCAUGAUGAUGGGCUGCAGAGCCAGAGAGCAGCGCGCAUGCGCGGUGCAUCCAGGGGCUCGGCGGCGUUCGGUGCUGAAGUGGGGCGGAUGGACGGAAAAACGGCGCCGAUGGACGUUCUGCGGCCAAUUCGCCAUUAACGAUGCCCUUCGAAAGAGGUCGGGACAUCGUCGCGUGGGCACCCACCACCCUGGGACACUGACAGUCCGACACAAAGCGAUGCUGUACCUUCAAGUCCGCAAACGACCCAUUCGCUGAGAUUGGAGGGCUAGGAGAUAACCAAAGGUCGUGAACUGAAGGGGCAUUUCGGUGACCGUCUCGGGUCAGGGAUGGUGAAACCACUCACUGCUGCUGUUGGUAAAAAAGGACCACCUCGCCUUGCCCUGAGCCUCCCACCAGCUACCAAGGCAGUCCAUUAACCAAUCUCAGACGCUCUGCUGAGCGGCCUCGUUAUUGUCCGGCAACCGAUUACCUCACGCCAUGACUACUCUGUCUGACCUGCUUUCAAGUACUCACUAAUUCAUGCCCCGCAGUGUGAGUGGAGUGGAGAUGAGAAAAAGGCAGGCGGCGCACAUCGAGGCCCCACCACAGGUCCCCGGACAGCCCCGACCCAACACCUGCUGUCUCUGCUGGUGCGGCUGCUGCAAGUGUCUCUGGAAUGAAGACAGGCUGGAGAGAAGCGAACGCCAGACCUGCACCAAGAUGGACAGUAUAGAAGCUGCAGAAGAACACCUUUCCCACCGCCACCGCAGACACCCCAGCCUCGACGAGGUGCUCUUGUGGUCUCGGAGCUUCGAGAUGAUGCUGCGCUCGCUGGAGGGUCGGGAGAUCUUCCGGGAGUUCUUGAGGUCAGAGUACAGCGAGGACAACCUCCUAUUCUGGUUGGCCUGUGAUGAGCUGAAGAAGGAGACGGACCCCUCGGUGGUGGACGAGAAAGCCAGGAUCAUAUACGAAGACUACGUGUCCAUACUGUCGCCGAAAGAGGUGAGUCUGGACUCGCGGGUACGCGAGGGCAUCAACCAGAGCCUGGCCGAGCCAAGCAGCCUGAUGUACGAGGAGGCGCAGCUCCAAAUCUACACGCUGAUGCACCGAGACUCCUUCCCCCGCUUUCUCAACUCCACCGUUUACAGAGACCUCCUCGCCAACAGGAGGCGCACCUGCCUCGACACCUAAAGUCUCCCGCACCCCACCUCACCCUCGAUGCCCUCCAUCGAGAUGACUACGUCAACUAUGGUGCCAGAAGUCCGGUUUGGAAAAACAAACUCUUUCUUGAUUGCAAAAAGACCGAAUGACAUCCAAGCUGGUUAUUGUUCUUAUUUAUAUUUUUCAAGCAAUUUCUAGCCAGUGACGUGAGUUUGCUGGUUGCUUUUAGGUCAAAUUUGACGAGGCCGACUUCGCCGGCCGCUGAUUGUUUUCGCGAGUCCAGAUGUCUUGAUGGUCAUGUUAGACCGUGGACUCCUCAGGACCAGGAAGUAAGAGCGAGAACGUGAGAGAGAGAGCGAGAGAAUGGACAGGCCAAUGAUUCCUGUACUGUAAUAAUGACACCUCACUUUUCAUUUCUAACCCCAUUUUUCUCCCCCAUAUCGUUCUGAGCUAAUGAGAUGAAGGCCGUCUUACGCCGACGACUGCAAUUUUUUUUUGUUUUUCUUUAUUUUAUUUUUAAAAUAAUUUUCUUUCAGAAUAGGCUUUCCAGCAAGGGAAAACAAGCAUUUAUUUUAAAUUUUUUUUGGAGAGGGGAGGCAUCCACAUUGAAGAAGCAACAACCGUCCAUGUUUCCAUCCCUCCAUUCGAGCACUUUCCUUCUUAACAUGUGAGAAGUAAGGGCUAGACUUGUGGUUGGGCAGCUACAUGUAACUCAACAAUGCCUUCACAUGUGUUUUGACAAGACGGAAAAAAAAAAAAGGCAGCGAGUGGUUCUCCUGUAGGUCCUCCAACACCGCCGUGCCCCCCUUAGAUAGCAACCACAGUCAAUCCCGACCCUCCCUCCUGCUACCCAUUCGUACCCUCCUAACCUGACAAGCACAGGUCCAAAAAAUAAAUCAUUAUAAUAACACAGCGGUAGUCGUCUUCUACAUUGAGGCACUGACGAUGGUUGGGAUAACAACCCCCCUGGCCUUUUUUCUGUGAGGUUUAGCCGGUGCCAAAUAUGAUGUCAACUGAGGAGGACAGAACUCGUUCUAGCCACUAGCCAGCAAAGUUUUUGUUAGCGACAAUGCUAACACUUCCCCUGGGGCGCUAGAGCCGCUUGCUAGAUUAGCAUGCCUAAGCGCUAUACUGUACACUCUCUCUUUGGUCUACUUUUCAAAAAAAAAAAAAAAAAAGUAAUACUAGUAAUAAUAAUAAAAAAUAUAUAUUCUGACUUUGAACGCAUGAUAAUGUGUCGCUUUAAAGAAUUUAGAGGACAAAAUGGAGGGGCGGGGUCUUGCCCAAUGUCCCGGUAACUAAUUUUUUUUCACCCCGCCCGGCCUGUUGAUAUGCAGUAGAAAGUGCAUGACUGAAGUAUUAUGCUCUCCUCCUUUUUUUUUUUUUCCUUGCCGAAUUAAAAUCAAUUGUAUUGAUGUCCAGAUAGAUGACGAUAUAUCUAUCAGGUCCUAAAGUGUUCGCGAAAGCUGUGACACUAGUCGUUGAGGACUCGUGGGAGGAGUCGACGUUGCCGUUUGUGUAUCGAACUACCAGACGUUGGGCGUGCCAAGUUUUGGUGGAGAGCCGUUUUAAGAGCAAGCUAGUAAAAAAAAAAAAAAUUUGAAAAUUGGGUAUACAGUACUAUAGUUAACCUCGUUAGCCUUUGUGUCUCUUACCUUGCUCGGCUGGAUUUUAAAUUGCUGAAAUGACUCCAAAUUAGAGAUGGGCACGAAAUUUCCGUGAUCCACUUUCAAGCUGAGUAACUUUUUUUUAAAUAUUAGUCACGGGAUAGGAGAAUCGCUCUUUGGAAAAUUGCUUUGAGCGAAUUGAGUUUCCUCGUCGGAGGUUCCGCUGUAUAUUCAAGCGUCGUCGGCGAAUGUUGUCAAUCGACAUAUUGUUUUUUGAGAGGAAAAAUAAAGUUUUUUGUUUUGAAUCUAGGUUCAGUGAAGACAAAGGUCUGGCCUAUACGAGUUUAUCUAAAGAAUUAGAACAUAUUAUUUAUCAUAUUAACAUAUUAUUGAAUCACUAUAUAUAUAUAUAUAUAUAUAUAAAAUUUUUUUUGGGGGGGGGGGAACAAGUUUUUUGACGAGUUAACGCGAGAAUGUUUCACCACUAAAUAAAUAAUAGUCACGGUGCAAUGAAAAUCAAGUUUACAUUUCUGAAGAGACGGCGAGUUUAUGCGCUUGGUGGCGCCAUGUUCAAAACAUUUGGGAGACGAGCAGGAAGGUUCUAUGCUUUGGAGAGAUGUACUGGGAGCACUGCGCGUCCGGCGUUUUCCCGCCCGGUGUCCUUUUUUGCCUAACCACGCCCCCCCACCCUCACCCCUACCCCCAAACUUUAAUUUAUUGUGACUCUUACACGCUUGUUUUGUUGGAUUUUACAAGCAAUGAACGUGUGAAGUCAUUUCCACUUUUCCCCCCCCCCCCCCCAUUUUAAGAGCUAAAGUGUCCUGACAGGAAGGAGGGGGGGCGGGGGGGGAGUGCGAAGCUUUGGCCUUAUUGACACAUUUAUUAUGAUCAUCAUUCUUAUUCUUUUUCUUCUUAUUAUUAUUGUCAUCUCCUUGGAUGAAAACAAACAACAACCCUGUAGGCUUUUUCACUACCUCUCAUGUGGUUAACUUAUUUCACAUCUAGUUGUCAGGGUUUUUUUUUGUUGUUGUUGUCAUUUUUGGUUGUUUUUUUUUUUUUUUGUAGAUCUACUUGAAGCCUAACACUGUAAACUAUCAAAUGUGCACAGACAAAAAUGUAUCAGAGCGGCAGCGUGUGGGGGCAGGCGUGUAUUCAAGAGAGUUUAGCCUCGACAUUUUGUUGUUGUUGAUUUUGCUUUUUUUUUUUCUCUUUGUUUUGAUUUUGAACUCUAUUUUUUUUUUUUUGCAUCUAUAUAAUAAUUCAGGAAACCACUGUCUAAGGGCUAAUCCCAUUUUUGCCUAUGCAAAUGUGUUGCUGGGAAAAGGGCGAGGUUCCGCCCGCACCCGUUUUAAAAGAUGGACCACGGUUUACAUUGCCCUUUGCUGAAGUCCUUUUCAAUCUCACUCAGCAAAAAAAAUGUUUGCUUAUUCAAGUAAUACACAGAGAAAAUAGUAUAUGCCUUCGUGACGAUACAGAAACAAAUAAAUGUUGUCUGAUAUGAUGCGGCAGCGUGCUGGCGGUCUCGCGAAGAACAGUGGCUGGCCUUAUGUACGAUUUACGAACGGAGGUUUGCUUUUUUUUUGAUGUUUUUUUUAAAUGGUUUUUUUUUGUCAAAACAAAACAGCAAAUUUGGAGUCAUUGUCACGAGCCCGUCUCUGUCCAGUCGUUUUUACAUCCAGGUUUGAAGGGCUGAAACGUGUUCACAACAGUCUGGUGACAUUCAACUUCCUGUGAAUUUUUGAUUUUUUUUGGGUUUUUUUUUUUUUUUGUCUGUGAAAAGAUGCGUUUUCUUUUUCACCUAAAACAAGAGCAUGUCAUCUUCGAUAUCCGACCCUCAAACGUCUCGUUUUUGUAGCCGCGUCCUCGCCAACGAUCACUGUGUUGAUGCAGUUGUAAGCGCGUCCAUCGGAAGUGGGCUUACCGGUACUUUUAUUUAAAAAAUUUUUCUCAUUUUUACUCAAAUCCCCAAAAUGGGGGUCACUGACGAAAAUCGUUCACAAAGCUAGUUUGAGCCACUUUUUAAAAAUAUUUGCGAUGAGGUACGAUUUGGGGCUUUAUUGCGAUCUCUCUGUCAAUUUGCGCGAAAUCCGAUUCCUCGACAUCGGUAUACAGCGCCUCAUUUUUGUUUUUCCCCAAGUCAUCCUCCGAUUCCGUCACUUUUAUUUCUCGUGCUGUGGCUUCCUCUCUCGGUGACGGGCGAUACCACCAUUCGCGGGAAAAGCGUUACAGUUUUGACGUCCUCGCUUGGCUGGUGUGCGACAAACGGAUUUUAGGCGAUCACUUUUCUCUUUAUUGAUUUCGAUGCCUAAGCCUCAAGGUAAAGAGAUGAUGGGAAAAAAAAAGCGCAGGCGGAAAUUUAAAACAUUUAGCCGAUGGGGAAAGAUGAUUUUUUUUUUCUAUUGAGCAUGCUUUUUGCUAAAUAAAUGAAAUAAUUCAGUUAUUUGCUACAAACGAUACUGUAUGAGUAUGUAUUCAAGUACUGCAGUAUGCAGACAAUUAAAAAAAAAAAACUCUUUUGAGGGGUUUGUAUUUUUCUCACCGGAGCAUACCCGAUUCUUGAGUGUUACGUGAAAACAAUGAGCCUCUUUGUACGAAAGUCGGGUGGUCGAUCCGCUCGUAUGAGUUUGUCGUCUGGUUGCGAGAGGAAGGCAACAAUUUUAAAAUUCUUGAGCGGCGUAGGACCGACAAUAUCAUCGGAACGACAAACCCACUUUCGGAUAACAUUUUCACCUAAAACUUCUUUGAACAAACGGGACAACAAUGUCGGACCAACAGCCUCUUAAUCGAUGACGGACGACAGAAAACGACUUGACGACAUCCGACCCACACCGACUUCCGUUGACGGCAACAUCUUUAAAAAAAAAAAAAUGUCUUGACCCAGAAAAAUCUUUCUGGUGACCGUUAUAAGGAAAUUGGACAAAUACUGACAAUAAAGUCCGACCAACAGGAUCAGUGUCCGACCAAUAACGAUGGCGGACUGACGACGACUUCUUUGACAAUGCCGGACAAAAAAAAAAAAAAAAAUUCCUUCCGAUUGACUUAUUUUUCACGAUUUAGGAUACAAAACCAUUUCCUGUCGUUAGCUUCUUUUACAACAGACAUCGGCAAUGUCGGACAAAUAACGACAGCGGACGACGACAACAACCCCUUUCAAUGGAAAACCAUUUCCUGAAAGACAUCUUGAAGAACAGCAACCGGUUUGCUGACUUCGUAGAACUUUUGCCGACGACUUCUUCAACAAUUUUGGACCCAAAAUAAUUCCCGACUUCUUUCGCGGUGAACGGAUGACAACUUGGAUUUGGUACAGAAAACAAUUUGAACUGGAACGACGUUGGACUGACAUCGACUCCUUACCGUUGACGCCGAUUUCUGGUCAAAUUCCUUAACAAUGAAAUUCUGGCAGUCAGACAAACGGCAACAAAAUAACUUUUCGAAUCAAUUCACCACGACGGCAAUAAUGACUUUUUUCACAAUGUCGGUCAGAAAACAAAGUUCUAUAAGGAAUCCGAGCGAUCCGGAGCACUUGGUGUCCAAAGUGCCGUGAUAUGCGGGAAGCCCUUAAGUGUAGCAUCCGACGACGCGUCCCCAGCCGUCACAUAUCGCUGCGUAAAUGCGUACCUCAAGAAAACGUUGGCAAAAGGUGUACAUUGUGACCGACUUUUUGAUCAUUAAUGGUGUUGCUUUCGGCAAGUCUUUGCAUGACGGUUCAAAUCGGAUGUAACAAAACUGUACUUUUGCAUCUCCGUGUCCAUUUCACAAUGUAUUGUUUUUGUUUUUUUUAAAUUAUUGGUAAAUUCCAACACAUUUUUAAAAAGUGAAAACUUAUGUGCCAAACAUUUGUCAUUGCCAUGCGGUUGGACUAUAAGCACGGUCAAGUGUUUGUUUCAUUUCAAAAGUGUUUGUCUUCGUAAAACUAUAUCGAGUAAUACCCAAGGCGGAAGAAGUUUUUUGUAAAAAGGCGACGAUGACGUCCAAUGGUCGGGUGAUUGCGGACAAAUAAGAGCUAUUAUGUCACAACUGAAAUUGUAACUUUUGUCGCCCGCAAAAAAAAAAAAAAAAAAAAAAGAGAAUGUUCACCAUUAGUCUUCUGCGAUUGUUCAUUUCUCUGAAAAGGUGCGAAAGACCUCUCGUUGAGUCUCGCCUGCUGUGUUGAAAGCUGUGGUUCGUUGGGAUCGGCGGCACUUGGUCUUGUCUUUGUUUACACGAAAAAAAAAAACCCACACCAUCUUUGCGUUACGACAAAAGGCCAAUCUUUUGUGACUGCCCUUGAAUAUCUUGUCAUUUUGCAUAGUGCUGCUAGAAAGUGUAAUAACUUACAAUAAAUACUUAGUAGAUUUUUUUUU